GUUCACAGUCACCUACACUGAAGUGGUGCAGUCCUACUGUACACGCAACGAUGAACUUCAACUUGGUAACAGCUUUACUCUUUACCUGCAGCUGGAUCUCUGUCUCCGUCUCUGAGUUUCACACUGUGGAGGUCCAGUCUGGUGAAGAAGUCACACUGAUGUGUACCAACUUCACCAGUUCUACCAGUCACAUAGUCUGGUUCAGACUGGACAACAGACCCAAUGCCACCUGCAUCUCCUCCAUGUCCAGCUCUGAUGGCAAUGCUACAUUCUGUGAUGGAUUUCAAAAUGGAAAGUUUAACAUGACGUCCAACAUCACUACCCUCUUUCUCCAGAUCAAACAAGUGGAUUCAUCUGACUCUGGACUCUAUUUCUGUGGAUCUUACUGGAAUAAUAAGUUAGUAAUUGACAGUUCAACGUACUUAAAGGUUCAAGAAGAAUCUGUUGAACUAGCAACUCUGACGAGUGCGAUCCUGAGUGCUCUGGUUAUUUUCCUCAUUAUCGUCGUCAUUGUUCUGGGUCUCAAAAUCAGGAAACUUCACACAGAUUUAAAGGAAGAGGGACACAAUCCACAACACAGCCAGAAUCCAAGCUCUGCUGAUGUGACCUAUGCAGCGCUGGGUUUCCAUAAGAGAGCCAGAAAGAGCAGAGGGUCUGUAUCAGAGAGACAGCUGGAGCCUAAUGUUGAGUACACUGCCACCAGAUAGACUCAGGAAACCUCUGGAACAGCUGCUCAGUUACCGUCACUGUCAAAAAAAAUGUUGUAAUAAAGAUUGUAUGUUCAUGCAAAUUGUGAAAUCUCAUUAUCCACCAGUAUCUGAGGGCAAAAGAAUAUGAUUGCUCCGAGCCAGUAAAGACACUGGUGUCUGUUCAGACUCUCUUACACUCAGAGUUAGAUGGAGGUCUGCAGCAGUGACGGAGAGAACGAGCCACACUUAGCUAGUUUGACAGGAAGAGACAGCAGAGUGUGGUCUGACCACGGCUGAAGUGGAAAUCAUGAGCUCUGUUAGGCUUCAUCAUGACGAUGAAGGUUUUCUAACCUUGAGAAAACAAAAGCGCUAUCUUCUCUUUCUGUAUUGGUUGCACAAUGACAGGCGCUCUUCUUUUGUGCAGUAAAUGAAGACGACAGAAUUGCACUGUGAAAGUGGGUCUUAUAGGGAACUAGUCUAUACGCUGAUGAUGUCAUUAUUAUAUAGCCUUACAUUGUGUGAUCAACAUUUACUUCAUAAUAAUACGCUGAAGCAAAGAAAAAAAGCAGACAAAACAAGAAAACAGUCUUUUGUCACUUUGAAUAUCGUUACAAACUCACUUGAGAGCCUUUUGACAGAGUUGAGCUUUAAGCAGAACAGGUAGCGACUGACUAACACGCACUCGUAGAGUUGAGUUUUUACUUGUAGCGCCUUUAAAGUGAGGGAAUGACAGUAAAGUCUCCAACUAUGUUGGGACUCACCAUUCAGGAGACCAAAUGUUUCUUUGCUCCACUGGCCAGUGUGGGUCAGCGUGUGACAUGUGACCCCCAAGGGUCUCACCAGACAGAACCAGUCCUCUGGCCCUCUCUCUCUUUUUUUCUUGGCUUGCUCUGGAGUGCAGCUCCAGCCCUCUCCUCUUGGUUCUUCAAAGGGCAACAAGGCCCCAGCCCAGGUCAGCUCUGCUACCUGAGAAACCAGCUCUCUCACCGGCCUGCUACCAGCAGCCUGCAAACACUCUUCUCCUCAACAGCAGCGACCUGCUUCGGAUUAACUGUGAGUGAACCAAAUCCUCUUCAGAGUCAGCAGCUACGACACAAGGCCAGCUGAUUUUCCAAGCAACAGGAAUCGUAGCAGAGUUAGCAUGGAACAGCUAACUCUGUGAGGAGAACAAAGGAGAUAACCACAAAGCAACACAGCCAGACAGGACUUUACUCCACCAGGAAACCUCCCAACUCACUGGACUUUACAACAACACUGGAAAGGACCUCUUUGUUUGUUCCAAGGACUAGGUAACGUUAACUGACUGGGCCUAACCUUUCCCAGCACAGCAUAGCUAAGCAGCAGAAGUCUUAACUUUGUUAAUGUUCUCGUUGAUUGAUGUCUUGUUGUUGUAAUGUUUGCUUAGGUGGUGGUCAGUCAUACAGUUAAUCAGGUACUCGUAUGUUCACACACAACAGUACGUCUCAGUUCUAGAACCUGCAUGAAGCUAAGCUUCCCCCUCUAACCUGGUACCUGUAGAUUACAUGAGCUAGGCUAACAAAGAAACUCACACCUUCCCUCUCAAACACACUAUGUGGUCUCAGCGGCCAUUUUGAGUAGUUUCUUUGUUUACCGUCAUCUUGUGUAGUCUCCUUGUUCAGGUCAUGUGGUCACAGUGACCACUGUGAAUCGGCCAUCUUGCCUUUGUUUGUGUCCCCACAAAUACACACACAUACACAUACCUGUACAUACUAGAUUAGACAUUGUGUUUUA